AUGAUGGCUGCGGAGGACGGCAGCAGCUUCCGUCCUCGCGACGACGCGUCGUCCAUCGCCCUCCUGCGCGGCCUCCGCUCCGGAGCCGCCGACUUGAGCUUCGUCCACCGCGCCGACGUCUGCUCCGCCGCCCCCGCCGACCUCGUCGCAAACCUGGAGCCGGUGCCGGGCACCGAUCUCGACCAAGGCGGCUACAACGCCAUCUGGCUCUUCUACUGCCCCAAGCGAUUCAAGAACGCUCAAGGCAAGCCCAGCGGCCACAGGCAGCGCGCCAUCGCCGGCGACGGUACCUGCUGGCACUCGGAGGCGGGCCCCAAGCCCGUCAAGGGUCUCGACGGCGCCACGUUCUGCAACCUAUCCUUCGGUCGCAAGGAAGGAGGCUCCACCCGUGCAUUCAACCGCAUGGGAUGGUGCAUGACCGAAUACGACGACAAACACGGCGGCGGUGACGGUGGCGACCAUGUCCUGUGCAAGAUCUAUCGCUCGUCUUCGUCUCUCGCUAAAGGGAAGUCGAAGCUGCCGACUACCCAGCACUCGUCCGGCUGCAAGAGGAAGGCGACUGGCGACGAACCCCAGGCUCGGCCGACCAAGACGAGUCACAAGCACGCCGCCUGCGCCGGCGUCGACGAGGAGGAGUUCUUGCUUACUGACCAACAGAUGGGGAUGCCGCCAGAGCCAGAGUCCCUGUGUCCAACCGAGGAAGAACAGUUCACCUUCACCAUGGAGGAGCUGUUGGGCGGCCCGGUCUACGAAGAGUACGGUGGCUGCUCCCCAAACACCCAGUUCACCAUGGAUGAGAUGUUCAGCAAAUCCAGUGGAUCUUGCAGCAUGCCGGCAGCCGACGACCAAAUGGAAGAGCCUCAGGAGCAGGUGCUGGAGCCCUUGCUUAAUGACGACCAGAUGACGAUGCCAGUGGGCAUAGAUUACGAGUCCCUGUUCCCAGCUGAGGAGGAGCAGGACCUAGUUCAGCAGAACACCAUGGUGACAGCCGAGGUGGAGCAGUUUCAGCAGGACACACUGAUGAGCACAGCCGAGGAGGAGCAGCUUCAACAGAACAACCUGGUGACUGCCGAGGAGCAGCAGCUUCAGCUGAACCCCCCGUUCUCCAUGGACGGCUUGUUGGGCGGCCAGGUGUACCACGAGUACGGUAGCUGCUCCGCGAACACCCAGUUCGCCAUGGAUGAGUUGUUCAGCGGAUACUACGGCGCCCCGACAGCAAUGGCUGUGGCACCGCCUGAUGUCAGCUUCUUUGAGGGCCUCGCCUUCUGA